GCCCAACACUAAACUAAAAACCCAGACUUCGACCCUCACGUGAGACCAGGAAACAGCGCAGCCGCGUCUCCGGGUUUAGUCGGCAGUUGAUGAGCUCCGGUCGAUUCCUUUGAUAUCCUGCAUUUCCCAAGAGCUGCCCAUUGAUGGCUCUUCGCUGAUCUCGAACGGAACCUGAAGUACUUGUUUGACGGAAUCUCGGGUGUCGUGGUAGCGAGUUCUUGCUUGGGUGCUCGCGGUAUAAAUAUUCAAUCACUAUCAAUCACUGCGUACUAGCAGCAUUACAAAUAUGAGCGACGCCAAGUUCUUCGCCAAAGGAAAAGCCGCCGAGCUCCGGGUCGAGCUCAAAUCCGACAAAAAGGACAAGAACUUUGCGAGGCGCAAGACGACUCUCAAACGAAUUGUUGCCAAUAUGACGAUGAACAAUAAUGAAAUGAUUCAGCUGUUUCCUGACAUUUUGGAGUGCAUGAACGUCGACAGUUUAGAGAUUAAGAAAAUGUGCUUUCUGUAUCUGAUAAACUACGCCAGGGUCAAACCAGAUCUUGCAAACAAAGCUCUUUCAACACUCCUUUCUGACAUCAACGACCGAUCGCCCCUAAUCCGAGCUCUCGCGCUUCGCACCAUGUCCUGCGUUCCGCUCGGAACAUACGCGCGAGCCAUUGUCGAGCCCCUACAGGAUCUCCUGCGCGACUCAGAUCCAUAUGUCAGAAAGACUGCUGCGUUUGGCGUGGCAAAGCUAUGGGCGGCCGAUCCGAAUCUGGUAGAGAAGUCGGGCCUCAUCGAGAGCGUAAAUCAGCUGCUUGUAGACAGCAAUCCUACCGUUGUGUCUGCAGGUUUAGCAGCCCUGUCCGACAUUACUGAUAAGUCUGAUGGAAUGAAACUGGCGAUUGGAUAUCAAGAUGCGAGCAAACUCAUCAAGAUUCUACCCGACUGCAACGAAUGGUCCCAAACCUACAUCCUAACAGCUCUGAUGUCUUAUACUCCGCAAGAUACCGCCGAGGCGCUCUUGAUGGCCGAGCGAUUAUCUCCUCGACUCGCACACUCCAAUGCAUCUGUGAUCCUCGGAACCAUUCGGGUUAUGAUCUAUCUGACAAACUACAUCAGCGACGAUUCUGCCGUCGACAUGCUUGUCCGAAGAUUUGGCCCUCCCUUGGUCACCUUACUAUCGAAGCCCUACGAGAUCCAGUACGUCGCGCUCAGGAACUGUUUCUUGAUAUUGCAGCAGUACCCAUACAUUCUUCAGAACAACAUUAAAGUGUUUUUCUGCAAGUACAACGACCCGAUUUAUAUCAAAGUCUCCAAGCUCGAAAUCAUCUUCCUGCUCGCUUCGGAGGAGAACAUGCCUGAGAUCCUGCGUGAGCUGAGGGAGUACGCUUCUGAGAUUGACGUUCAGUUUGUCCGCAAGGCUGUGCGUGCGAUUGGAAAGCUGGCGAUCAAGAUCAAGGGCUCCGCGCGUGCUUGCAUCGAUACUCUGCUAGACCUUGUCGCUACGCGCGUAUCAUACAUCGUGCAGGAGGCGACGAUCGUCAUCAAGAAUAUUUUCCGGAAAUACCCCAACAAGUACGAGUCGAUCAUCACCGUCUUAUGCAAGAAUUUGGAUUCCCUCGAUGAGCCAGAAGCGAAGGCGGCGAUGAUUUGGAUCAUUGGUCAGUACGCAGACCGAAUCGAGAACUCUGACGAGAUCUUGGACGAUUUCCUGUUCACGUUCAAAGAAGAGACUAUCGAGGUGCAACUCGCUCUUUUGACUGCAACAGUCAAGCUAUUUGUGCAGCGGCCAGCCAAAGGUCAAGAGCUUGUGCUCCAGGUUCUGAAAUGGGCCACGGAGGAGACCGACAACCCGGACCUACGCGACCGUGGGUACAUGUAUUGGCGACUACUGUCUUCAUCAUCUGGCAACGCCGACCUCACGCGCCAGAUCGUGAUGGGCGAAAAGCCUGCGGUGACUGUUGAAAGCGACAAGCUAGAUGACAAGACUUUGGAAGAGUUGACGCUCAACAUCGGAUCUCUUGCAUCGAUCUAUAUGCGCCCGGUCAACCAGAUCUUCAAAGGCACCAAGGCCAAGCAGCUCGAGCAGUCGCCUGCGUUACGGCGGGCGUUUUCGGACGGUCCGGUGAUGACUCAGCAGAUGAAUGUCACGAGCUCGGCGGCGGAAGAUGGUGAGGAUGAUUUUGCGGAUACAGGGUAUAGAGGGCCGGAUGUGUUUGCCGCACGGGGAGAUCUGUUGUCUGAGGCAUGAGAGAGAUGCGAGAAUUCGAUAUUAUUACAUGUACAUGAUGUAUAUUUUAAACCCCGAUAUGUAUGACUAAAUGAGAAAUAGCAUUAUGAAUG